AUGUCUGCUAUUAUUGGUGGGCUUUCAUCUGUAAGAAAGGAGAUUACUCGAGUCUCAAGCUUAUACCCGGAUGGGCACCUGUAUUUGUUGGAGGAUCCAAUGCAAUGGAUUCCUAACAACCCAGCUUCUCUUCGGUUGGUUAGAAACUUGGAGUUGAAUUUGGAUAUAAUAUCUGAUGAUGAAGAGAAAAUAGGAAAAUCCUUCGAGCAGCUACCAGAACUUUUCCGGCUCUAUAUGUUCCUUCCUGAUAGCAUUACAAAUCUGCAGAAUCCAAUAACUUUAGAUCUCUCAUAUUGUCAUUCUCUCACAAAUUUGCCUGUAAAUUUGGGCCAAUUGGUCAACCUUAGACAUCUUUCUCUUCUUGGUUGUCCGCUUACGUCCCUUCCAGAUUCCAUGGCUAAACUCUGCAGCUUAGAGACCUUAGAUCUCUCAGGAUGCUGUGCUGUCAAAGAUUACCCACAAUUUUUGGAAUUAUCGGCAUGUUUGGAUGUCGGCCUUAAGCACCUCUCUUUUCAUGACUGUGGUGACAUCGAGUUCCUUCCUGAUAGCAUAUCUAAACUAUAUUUUGAGCUCAAAGAUUUGCCUCCGAACAUGGAUCAGUUGGUCAGCCUUAGACAUCUAUUUCUGAUCGGAUUUUGUGAGUUGCCAGCAAGUUUUGAUCAGUUGAUAGGCCUUAGACAUCUCUCUAUUGGAUAUUGUGAAAUUUGGUCUCUUCCUGAUAGCAUUACCAAUCUAUCUAACUUGGAAACCUCAAUCCUUAAAGGAUGUGAUAACCUUACAGCUUUGCCAGUGAAUAUGGGACGGUUGGUCAAUCUGAGAUGCCUCUCACUCGAGUCUUUUCCUAUCGAGUCCCUCCCUAAUGUUGGUGGGCUUCACAACUGGAAAUCCUUAGGAUUGACCUCUUACAGUCUCAGAAAAUUACCUGAAGAUUUGGGUGAGUUCGUAAAAUUGGUUCGCCUUAAUAUCGGUAGUAGUGAAAUCAAGUGCCUUCCUAGUAGCAUCUGUAAGCUACACAAUUUACAGUCCCUAAUCCUUUCCGACUGUUUCAGACUCGAAACGCUAUUGCCUCUUAGUCUAAAUGAUUCUCCGCUCAUUACUGCUGUUGACUGUAAGAAAAUUCAAGAAACAACCUGGGGUGAACUCAGAAAGGAAAUCACUCCCUUUUCUCAGCAGAUGGUUAAUGAGCAGGCUACCAGAUGA